CUCCGAGUCUCAGUUUGCAUCCUCCUCUCCUCUCCUCUCCUCUCCUCUCCUCUCCUCUCACUCCCUCUCUUCUCCUCUCUGCAUCUGCUGUCUUCUCCCCUUCCUCUUCAACCUUGCGAGAGGCGUCUUCGUCUGCACCGGCUUUUCACCCAAAGAGAUAAAAAACGUUCUUUUUUCGAAAAAGCCACUGAGACCCAACCGUCACCAUGGAGGCCAUCAAGAAGAAGAUGCAGAUGCUGAAGUUGGACAAGGAGAACGCCAUCGACAGGGCAGAGCAGGCUGAGUCCGACAAGAAGGCAGCGGAGGAUAAAUGCAAGCAGCUUGAGGAUGAGCUGCUCGGUCUGCAGAAGAAACUGAAGGGAACGGAGGACGAGCUGGACAAGUACUCGGAGGCCCUGAAGGAUGCUCAGGAGAAACUGGAACUGUCGGAGAAGAAGGCCACAGAUGCGGAGGGCGAUGUGGCAUCUUUGAACCGCAGGAUCCAGCUGGUGGAGGAGGAGUUGGACCGCGCUCAGGAGAGACUGGCCACGGCCCUGCAGAAGCUGGAGGAGGCUGAGAAGGCCGCUGAUGAGAGUGAAAGAGGCAUGAAGGUGAUCGAGAACAGGGCCAUGAAAGACGAGGAGAAGAUGGAGAUCCAGGAGAUGCAGCUCAAAGAGGCCAAACACAUCGCUGAGGAGGCGGACCGCAAAUACGAGGAGGUUGCCCGUAAACUGGUGAUCCUUGAGGGUGAGCUGGAGAGAGCAGAGGAGAGGGCAGAGAUCGCAGAGCUUAAGUGUGGUGACCUGGAAGAGGAGCUGAAGAAUGUCACCAACAACCUGAAGUCCCUAGAGGCUCAGUCUGAUAAGUACUCUGAGAAAGAGGACAAAUACGAGGAGGAGAUUAAAGUCCUGAAUGACAGACUUAAGGAGGCGGAAACGCGUGCGGAAUUUGCAGAACGGACGGUGGCCAAGCUGGAAAAGACCAUAGAUGACCUAGAAGAGAACCUAUCAACUGCAAAAGAGGAGAAUGUUGGAAUGCACCAAGUCCUGGACCAAACACUGCAGGAGCUCAACAGCUUGUAAAAUGCCAAGAAGAACAUCAAACAAACAAACAAACAAAAAAAUAUUUUGUUUUGUCAAAGAUAUCUUCUACAUGCCAUCCAUUUUCUGUAAUUUCCCCCCCCUUAUUCCCGUUUAAGACAAAUGUACCCCUUUUUACAUAUUUAUGGUUCUUUUUGUUUCUUUUUCCUUUUUUUAAAAAAAUGGUUUUGGGUCCAUAUGAUGUUCAGUUUUCGGUGCUAGAAAUUGUGUUGUAGACCAGACUCUGAGCACAAAUAAAACUGAUGAUGAUUUUGAUGA